UCACAGUGGUCGUCGUGGUCAGGUCAUAUCGCUUAUAAGUAGCGUGUCACUGAUACAGACACGCACUACCGUCACACCACCGAUACAUCCAGCACGUGCAACCAUUCCAACAUCACCCACGUGCAGUCAUGAAACAGUUAAUUGGAUUAUGUGUGCUUCUUGCCUUUUUCGGUUCCAGCUUGGCAAAGAACUGUACAGGAGUCCCAGAUGGUAUUUUUGAAAAGAACUGUAAAUCAUACGCUUUAUGUACGGCUGGUGUCUACAGUAUCGUGGAGUGUGGAAUCGGCAGCGUCUUCAAUGCUGCAACCAAUAAAUGUGACAAUGCCACCGUUGUCCCUCCACCAUGCGGAGUGUUAAAGGACUGCACCGGGAAAGGCGACGGCAGAUAUCCGGACACCAUUGAGCACUGUUCAUCAUUUUACACAUGCGUAGAGGCUAAAUUUAUAGCACACACCUUUUGUCCCGGAAGCACCGUUUUUAACCCUGUAGUACAGACCUGUGACUGGCCAGCCAAUGUUGACCCACCAUGUGGAACCAAAGGCUCAGCUCCAUAGAAACCAUCGAGGAUUGCAUCAUUUGUCCAUGUUCUAAAGUAUUAAAUUCUUAAAUGUACCUUC